AUGGCCAUCAGAAGCAACAAGAGAAAGGCAUCGCACAGCGACCAUGGCAACAGCCGCCGGCCAGACGGUUCUGCCACACUCCAUCGCAACGACGCCUCGGCCAAGCGGCUGCGUCUCACCAAACCCGUCGACGUGGAGCUCAAGACGCCCUCGUACGACGUGACCCGUGAUGUGUCGGACGAACUGCUGCUGCGAAUCUUCUCGUACGUCGACGAGAAGACGCUGCUGGCCGCCGCGCCCGUGUCGCGCCAGUUCUACAGAGUCGCCUCGGAUCCCCAGCUGUGGCGCGGCCACUACUACCGCAGAUUCAUCCUGCCGCGCGCCAACCGCAUCCCCGGCCUCAAGGUCAAGAAACCGGCAUCUGCGGCCUCUCCAGGCCAAGAUCAGGGUCAGUCACAAACACCUGCCGGGGCCAACGCCGACCGCGGCAGCAGCUCCAGCUCCAGCUCCAGCGCCAACCCCGGCUCCAUGGCCCCCACGGCCGUUGAUGCUGAGCCAGCUGAGCCCGUCAAGCCGCCGUUCAAGCCCGUUGACCCGGCCGAUAAGUCGAGCCAUCCAAAGGACCUUGUCGACUGGAAGCAGCAGUAUCGCCUGCGACAUAACUGGGCCCGCGGCCUCUGCGAGGUGCGCCAGGUCCAGGUCAACCCCAACUUUUCCCUCACUCCCAUCCUGGAGCGCCGCACUUUGGUCAAGGUUGUCGAUGGCCUCGCUGUCACCGUCGACCUGCAAGCUGGGCUUCGAGCCUGGGACUUGCGCACGCAGCACUCCAUUGCGCAGACAACCACCGAAACCCAUGACGGCAUCCAUCUCGUGCCCACGGCGCUGGCUUUGGAUGGCCAGCGGCUUGAGGCCGGCACCUUGGACAUCAUGCUCGGCUUCAACGAUGGCACCUUUGGCAUCUGGCGCUUGACGGUCAAUGAAGGCCGGUUGGCCGUCUUGUAUCGCCAGGACAAGAGCUACGUGGGCAGACUCACGUCGGUCGCUUACUCAUACCCUUAUGCCCUGACGGCUGCCGAGCUGGGCUUCAUCUCGCUGUACACGUUUGAGACUCCCGCCCCAGAGCCGGAGCAGACGUCUGCUGCUGGGCCGAGUCUUCACGAUGGUGACACGGGAUAUCUCAGCGACGAUGAAUUGUCUACGCUGCAAGUGGGUAGCCAGGUGGACAAGAGCGCAGAUCUCUCCAACCCCUUUGUGUUGUCGUCGCUCAAGUCCGACUACUCGCGCCAGCCGCUUGUCUUGUCUCUCCGCCAGCUCAAGAACUCGGCGGUCGCGUCCAUUGCCUACUCGUUUGACACCGUCGGCGGCUGGGCCAUUGGCAUUCAAAACUUUGACAUUCGGCCAUCGGGCAGCUCCAAGCCCGACGUCAUCACGUCUCGCGUUGCCUACACCAUGCCCGCCGAGACGGGCGCAUUGGUCACCACCGCCUCGUACCGGCCAAAGUGCCCUACGUGCUCCAACUUCCCCGACUUGUACAUGGAUGAUGACGAGGGCGGGCCGACCAAGCUCUGCUACAGCCAUCCCUACCUGCUCGCGACUAUGCAGGACAACACCCUCGUGCUCUUUGUUGUUACUGCAACGGAAAAGUCCUUUGCCAUUUCCAACGCCACAAGGCUCUAUGGCCACACCUCGGGCAUCGCCGAUGCCGACGUCACCCCAGAAGGCAGAGCUGUUAGUGUCAGCCAGCGAGGUGACGAGAUUCGAGUCUGGGAUCUCGAGGGGCGCCAGAACGACGUGAGCGUCGAAGUGAGGCCUAGGCAGGGCAGAGACUCUGAUGAUGCCGAUGACGAGGAGGAUUCCUCGGACGAGGCAGAGCAUAGGCGAAACUGGGUUGGGACUGAUGACCAGAGGGUCACUGUCCUGAGAGAGACAGCAGAUGGCCGGGAGAGCCUGGUGACAUAUGAUUUCACCUAAUUCUCCAAAUGUUCAAAUAUGGACAACCGUCGCCAGUCGGCAUGCAUACGCAGUUUACAUCUGGCAAGAUGUCGUUUUGGAUUGGGAUAUAGGAAUUGGGAAAGCAAAAGGAUUAUUGAUUUGAGAGCAUUUGGCAGGCGGCUCACAUUGGAUAUUACGCGAGCGGAUUUUUGACAAAAGAUUUGGCCAGCCUGUUUACUUGUUGGCUAUGGACAGGAUUAAAAGAAAGCGAUGCGACGGAAUGGGCGUAGGAAGGAUAUAUUUCUGGUAUUUUGGACUUUCUUUUCAUUUGGCUUGCGAGGUACUUGACGUUAUUACUAUCGAGAUUGCUUUUUUUUUUUUCCUUUUUUUUUUCUUCUUACUCUCUUUUUAAUUUACUUUGCGCGCUCAUCAAUUUACGUAUGGAAAC